AUGCUGCCUGCGAUUGCCGCGAUGAGAUUUGUGCCCAGCGUAGCUCUGGGUGGACUCGCCUACACUGCGCAGCAGCAUCUGGCGCGGGCGGCGUUGCCGCAUGCCUGGCAAGAGCAACUGCAGGCCAAGCGGUUCUAUGUGGCACCCCAGCCGGCGGAGGAGGCCAAGCCGAACGGCGCAGCUGCGGCCGCCGCACAGGUGGCGGCCUCUGGGCCUGCGCCCAGGCACCCCAGUGUGUCGCCCCCCAUGCCAACUGGAUACCUGGGCUUCGCCGCCAACGGGCGCCUGCCUGGCGCGAUCGACUUUCAUACGGUGCCGUCCGAUGUGGCGGCUGCCAUGGGCACCCCUGCCUACGACUCCGACUACCUGGCCUCCGUGCAGCCCAAGCACCUGAGGCCCGAGAGGGGAUACCAGAAGGUUGGGUUCAAGGCGGUCAGCCUCGUCCGCGCCGUGUUUGACCGCAUGACCGGGUACAGCAAAGACAACAUGACAGAGGCGCUGUGGCUGCGCCGCAUGAUCUUCCUGGAGACGGUUGCAGGCGUGCCCGGCAUGGUGGCCGGGAUGCUGCGCCACCUGAAGAGCCUGCGGCGCAUGGAGCGCGACAACGGCUGGAUCAACACGCUGCUGCAGGAGGCAGAGAACGAGCGCAUGCACCUGCUGACGUUCCUGACCCUGAGGGACCCGGGGAUUGCCUUCCGCACCAUGGUCAUCCUGGCCCAGGGUGUGUUCUUCAACGCCUACUUCCUGGCCUACCUGGUGUCCCCCAGGGCCUGCCACGCGGCGGUGGGCUACCUGGAGGAGGAGGCCGUCAAGACAUACACGCACGCACUCAAGGACAUCGACGAGGGCAAGCUGUGGAAGGACACCCCUGCCCCCGCCAUCGCCGUCAACUACUGGCGCCUGCCCAAGGACGCUACAAUGCGCGAUCUCAUCCUGGCAAUCAGGGCGGACGAGGCCAGCCACAGCCACGUCAACCACACCUUCUCGGUCAUCCGCCAGGACGCCCCCAACCCCUUCCACCAGGGGUCAAACCACAUCGCCUAA